AUGUCUGGAGGGGAUAUGUAUGAUAGAAUUUCUUUAAUGUCAAUAGAUUUUUCUAAAGCUGUAAGGAUACCUGAAUGUAUUGAUGAUUCAACGUGGUUAUCAUUAGAUACAGAGUCUGAAGUAGAUAAUAUUGAUCUUGCUUUACAGAAUGAAAAAUAUCAUAAACAACAAGAUCAAAUGUAUAAUAAUUCUUCAAAACCAUUUACUAUUGGCCUGUUUUUGGGUAUUUUCAAUAGAUUUUCGGAUUAUUUUUUUGAAAAAUUAUUGUUUAAUAGUAAUAAAAAACAAAAUUUGUUGUCUAAUUUUGAAAUAAAUAAUCAAAGAGCAUCAAAUAAUGAAGUUAUAUUUCGCAUACCAGAAGUUGAUUCAAAAACAAAUAUUUCAUCUUAUACUUCUACAAAAAGUCCUAUGAAACCAAGUAAUACAUUUAUAAAUACUACCAAUAAGAUUCAACCAUCAGUUGCUGAAAAGAACAGAAGUAGAGAAAAAGAAUCUAAACUACCCCAAUGUACAAACAUUAGAACAAGAUCUGUAUCAAGAAAUGCAUUAAAUCGUUUUAUACUUAAGCAACCAUCAUUAAUUUAUGAAAUUGAUGACAAAACAUCUCAAAAAACAACACCUCAAAAGAUAUCAUUUUUCUCAAAACUAACUUCAUACAAGUCAUCAUCUAAUACACCACCAAAAUCUAAAAAUUUACAAAAAAAAAGUAAUGAUAUAGAUAAAGCAAAGAUUGAUGAGAUAAAUAUUGUUGCAAAGAAACAAGAAAUGGCAUUGAUGGAAGAAUUAUGUAAAGCACGUGAACGUAUAGCUAUUGCUCAAAACAAUGAUAUUUCAAGACCAACAUCUUCAGCUUCAAAUGCUAAUAAUAAUACUAAUUUUCAUAAUAAAUCAAUGGAACAUAUUAAUUACAUUAGUAAAGAACAAAAUAAUAAUGUAGAUGAUUUUAUAUUGGCGGAAAGAAGUAGUGCUUGUGGUAGUAGAAGUAGAAUUCCUCAGAAGACAAAUAUUCCUGUUUCCUCGAAACUUUCACUUGUUAAAACGCCCUUUAGAGCAUUUAGCUCGCUUAGAUCCAGAGAAAGUAGCACAACCCCAUUGUCAUCAAGAGAUAAUAGCUUUACAGGAAUCAAUUGUAAUACUCCAAUCACAGGAAAAGUUAAUAACAAAGAGCAUGGUGGAAGAGGAGACCAUCCCUUAUACCGUUCUUCAUGCUCCUCUUCAACAUCUUCUUCUCUCACAAAGGCAUCUUCAGGAUCGCCGAUGUCGCAGUCUGGAUAUGCUUUGUCCUCAGGUGUUAACAACACUUCCCUUUUGUCAAGAAACCAACAACAACAAUUAUCUGUAGAUGAAAGAUGGUUUGAUGAAUGUUUCUGA